CACUCACACACCAAUGCUCAUACAUAGAUUUUGGUUGGUUGCGCGAGGUUGUGUUGCGUGUGCUCUCUCCAGAAAAAGUUAAUUAUUCCUUGUGUGUUGACGUCGUUCGUGUGAGAUUCUAGCAACUUUAUACGUCCAUUACGAUCGUAACGAACGGGAGCCCAUCGUGGUUGUAUUUCAUAAAAUCUUGACGCCCCAACGUACGCCAUUUUAUGACAUUAAUCACUAUUCACAUUCCACACCCGCGAAACAAUUGCUUCAAUUAGAGUCGCUAGUGAAACGCGUAGAGGUUUCGUAGAAGAGUAAAGCUUAUUGUGAAAAAGAAAAAAUGCAUCCAACGCGGGGAUCGGCAAUGAAUAACGUUUCGAUUACAGAUUCUAGUGGUCAGCCUAUGUCUGAUAAAAAGGAUUACUGUGACAGUGCAAAUACUGAUUCCGGGUUUCUUUCCGGGCAUAACCUCAACUCGUCUGAGGAUAUUGUCUCGGAGGAACAACACCGUGCUGUAGAAAAUAAUCAAAAUAUCGCUGGAUCGCACACCGUUGGUGCAAGUGAAAAACAACCCAUCGAGACGGAAACCGACCUAGACUCCGGGAUGAUUCCAGACGAGGAGCUAGAGUCCGGUAAUCUGGGCCUGAUGGACAUCUGCGAACGUUUCGACCGUUUGAUGAAGCGCGACUGGAUGAAAACGUUUCAGCAGGAUGAAUUUGGCGAAACUCAAUUGCACUUGGCAGUCUACGAAAGGAAUGAAGACCUUAUUUCCAAGCUGGUCGCAAACGUUCCACAGCAGUUUCUGAACAUUCAGAACGAUGCCGCGCAAACGGCACUGCAUUUGGCUGUCCUCACGGAACAGCCAAAGGUAGUGCGUCGAUUGUUGGUCGGUGGUAUCAAUCAAAGCAUCCGGGAUAUGGAUGGCAACACUGCGCUUCAUUUGGCCUGUAGUUUGGGGCGCGCACAAAUUGCCAAAGAACUGCUAACUCCAUCGUCGUGUUCCGAGCUUUCGCAAGGCGUAUCAUACACAAAGCUGCCACAGGAUCUGGAACAGUGGAAUUACGACGGCAAAACUUGCGUGCAUCUUGCUGCGGAAGCUGGCAGCAUGGAAACACUUCGAUGCUUAAUCAACGCUGGGGCUGAUAUAAACGCAAGGGAAGGAAAAUCUGGCAUGUCCGCUCUACACAUCAGCAUUGAAAAGGGCAACGAAGCAUUGGCCAACUUUUUGCUGGAUGAGUGCCCACUCUUGAGCUUAGAGGCUGUUACCUAUGCUGGCAUGACGGCUUAUCAGCUUGCACUUAUCCAAGACAAGCGGAUCUUGAUUGGUGACCUCACAAAACGCGGAGCAGAGCAAAUUUCCCUUCCUGCGAGCGACUCCGAGUCCGACUCUGAAGAUGAAAUGAUCAGUAACUACUACGGAGCGAGUGCGUUCUCAGCAACUUUCUCGGGAUUAUCGGCAAUCAAUGUGUCGUAGAGCCCACUGAUGUUUGUCAUCACUAACCCGAACGGCUGCGCUUUAACAAUAAUACGUACAAAGCUUUUUAGAGCGCGAAUUAUAAGCACACUUGCACAGAAUUUGAACGAAAGCUGUAAUGUAAAAUAAAUGUGACGAUUCUUUCCUUCUAAUAAGUGCCUUAUGUAAAUUGAACAGGAUAGAUACACCUGCAAAGGCUUAUGAUGGACUUUGCAUAGCUGUAACGAACUAUGAUUUGUUCAUCUGUUACGAAACAGCAGUAGCGCAAUUAUUGUAAUAUACAGGUCACACAAUAUCUAAUGUAAAACUGCGAGAGACAAAAAAAAACUGUAAACCUUCCUCAUUCAUCCUGUUGGCGGCGGCCCGUUCCUGACCAAAUCUAUAAAAAAAAAGUGACACGUGUUUAGGAAUUACCACCUUAAACCUUUACACACAGAGCCAUUUAAAAGCCUUCACCUAAUAAACACAAAAUCUUACUGACGUAGAACAGCAUAGACAUAGACCAGUAUACAUAUAUUAUUUAUAUGGUUUAAAAUUAACUUGUAAGAAAAUAAUGUACAUGCCAUGAUUAAUGUGGAGCAAACGGACGGAAUAAAAACAACGCUAAUCAA